AUGAAAAUUUUAUUUGUUUUGCUUGCUUUUAUACUCUGUGAUAAUAUUGAAAUAUCAACAAAUGAUUUCAAAGAACUACAUGUACAAGGCACGGUAUUGAGAUCCAGUGAAAUUUCAUGGGGAAAUAGUGUGAAGCUGUCACAUCUUGGCAAUUCAAUCUACCAGCUAGAAGAAAUGUCACCAAAAAUAUUCAAGGUAGUUGAUAAGACUGAAUACUUCAAAGAUACCAAGCCUGCUGAAAUACGAAUUGAUGUUGAGAAGAAAAUAUGCGGUCUUCCUGGUUUUGUUUGGAGCUUUAUACUUUUCAAUGUUACAUUCAAUCUUUCUCUAGGGUAUUUAAUUUCAAAGACAAUACGGAGCCUAUGCCAAAAAUACCUCGACAAUUAA